GGCACAAUGACGAUAAUAAAAUUGGCGAAUCUUUAGUCAACGAAUCAAGCGUAUCGAGUUAGCAUCAUCGGUGUAAUUAAUUUGUUUUCUAAAUUAAAAAAAAAAAAAAAAAUGAAUAAACUAAAUUUAAUAUUAAUAAUUAUAUUUAUUAAAAAUUCAAUUUGUAUGAAUCAAAUAUCUCCAUUGGAAGCACAAUUAUCAAAAUUAGCUAAAGGACCAAUUCAAGAUGCAAUUGACAGUGGUGCUGCAAAUGAUUAUAAAAAAGAAGAUUGUACAUGGAGAAGAGGUGAUGAUAAAGAUUUAUGUCCUGAUCCAGAUAUACAUAUUUAUCUUUAUACACCGGGUGAUGAUAAUAUAACAAGAAGAGAAUUAAAGAGUUCUGAUUCAUCAGAUUGGCUACAACGUGAUUAUGAUCCAACACGUGAAAAUAUUAUUUUAAUUCAUGGCUAUGCAGGUGGUGAUGAUUCAUUGCCAAUAACUGUACUACGUGAUGCAUAUUUAAAAAAUUCAAGUUACAAUAUAUUUUUAAUUGAUUGGGGUGCAUUAUCAAGUAGUCCAUGUUAUCCGGCAGCAGUUGCAAAUCUUCGUCCUGUUGCACGUUGUUUAUCACAAUCAUUAACAACACUACGUCAUUUAGGUCUUUUAAUAUCACGUACAACAUGUGUUGGUCAUUCACUUGGUGCUCAUUUAUGUGGUAUUAUGGCAAAUUAUUUAUUAUUUCGUAUGCAUAAAAUUAUUGGUUUAGAUCCGGCACGUCCAUUAGUACGUCCUGGUCUUGUUAAUCGUCUUGAUAGUGGUGAUGCUGAUUUUGUACAAGUUAUACAUACAAAUGCUGGUUAUUAUGGUGAAAUUGGAAGACUUGGACAUGUUGAUGUUUGUAUUAAUGGUGGUAAAAUACAACCAUUUUGUGAAAAUAAAACAAAUAAACAAUUAUGUUCACAUGUAUGGGCUGUUUGUUUUAUGGCACAAAGUAUUAAUAAUCCAUAUGAACAAUUAAUUGCUGAACCAUGCUCAAGAAGAUGUCCAUCUGGACCAAGAAUUAAUAGUCGUCCUGGUGAAGCACUUGUAUUAGGACAACAUACACCAUUUGGAUCACGUGGAUCAUUUUGUUUUAACGGUUUAAAUACACCAUAUUGUCCGGAAUAUUCUAUUUAUAGUAUUGGUGAUCAACGAUGUUGUCUUUAAAUAUUUUUAAUUUUACAUUCAAUGCAGUCAAUUAAUCAAUAUUCAUAACACAUUACGGCAUAAACAAUUAUGUCAUUAUAUGGACAAACAAAACAAAUAACGGAGACGUUUUUUUUUUUUAUUUAAUCCGUUAUUUAAUUUAAAAAAAAAAAAAACCUAGCAAAUAUAUUUAAAAUAGUUAGGUCCUUGACUUGGUCUAGUCAUCUGUUUGCAGGUGUAAAAUAUCUCAAGUUGACUCGGGCACCUGUCUCUUUCCACUUACUUACAUUGGAAUUUUCAUUUUAAUAAAAAAAAUAGAAUUCAACUUUGUUGCUUUAUUAAUAUUCAAGGUACUUUAUAUAAUAGCAGUGUUUUUUUUUUUCUUUUUUUUUAUUUUCAUUUAUAAAUUACAGUUAUUAAUUAUUUAUUAUACAUUUUUUUUUUCUUUUUGCAAUGGACGUUGAUAAUGUGAAUGUAAUCAAUGGAAAAUAUAUUGGAAGCCUUGCU